AUGCGUGCCACCACCGCUGCCCCCGCUCUUCUCCUUGCCGCUGCUAUUGCGCCGUCCAUGGCUGCCCCCAUUGCUUCAUCCUCGGAAGCGGAGCUCUUGACACGCCGCAUCGACUUCACGACGCCUAUCCAUCCGAUGACUCCCGCAACCGCAAGGGCCAAGCUCCUAUCCUGGAUGAAACGCGAGGAUCAGGAGCUGCCCGCCCGCGCGAUCGAGGAUGAGCUCAUCGCGCGCGCAGGGUUCCAAAUGCGCCCCGUCAGCACGACAUGGACAUACCCCGGGCCGCAAGGCCGCAUUGUCACCGUCGUGACCCAUCCGCCACGCUCGUUCGACGAAGAACUGUAUGCGCGGGCUGCGCCUCCCGCGGCAGGCAGCGAAGCGGUCAACUGGAAGAAGGUCGGCAACGUCGCAGGCAAGGUCGCCGGAGCCGUAGGUAAGGUCCUCGCCUUCCUCAAGCGCGAAGACCAGGAGCUGCUCGCUCGCGCGAUCGAGGACGAGGUGAUCGCGCGCGAGCUCCUGAGACCCGGCCCGAUCAGCUUCAUCCCAAUGAAUCCUGGCCUACCGUGGACGAAAGGCCGCAUCGGCACUGUCGUGAACCCCCCGCGUUCGUUCGACGAUGACGAACUCAUGGCGCGCUCAUUUGGCGACGACGAGCUGUACGCGCGCUCGGGCUUCGUGCUGGAUGAGCUUGACUGA